GUUUUUUUCAGGGGCUGGAGUGAACCUCACCUGUUGAACUGGCCUUCACACAUGACUCAGGAGCAGCAUGAAUCACACACAGCUCAGGGCAUACCCAGGGUAGGAGGAGAGGCCACCUCCUCGUGGGAGAAAGUGCUCAGAGGAGACGUCUUCAGGCAGCAGGGCUUGAAGAGGAAAUGUAACCUCCUUUCUGCUGGGAGCUGCGUGUUGCUGAUUUCAUAAGAUGCCACCAAACUCCACAGAUCUUGAUUUUGAACAAGAGGAUCUGGGACAGCACUGGUGUCUGCACACUGAGGAGACACCAGUGAAGGUGUGAUCCAUCCCAGCUGCACUUACAAAGAUGAAGUUCUUCUGGAUAAUUCCAUUUUUCCUGCUGCAAGAAACUGAAGCUUUUCUGAUGAAAAACACUCGAGUCAAGCUGUGUUUACAAGCCAGCCCGAUGAAUGGGAAUUUACUGCUGGAGGACUGUGAUCCAGAGUCAGAUUUCCAGGACUGGUCUUGGCAGGGCGAUUCUCUGGUGAAUCACGGCACGCAGAGCUGCCUCUCGGCGGGAGCCAGCGCGGUGCAGACGAGUCCCUGCGGCAGCGCAGGCUACACGGGCUGGGACUGCUGGAAUUCCCUGCUCUCUCCUCUGGGCAGCAGCCAGGGCUACCUGGUGGCAAACAGGAAGGGAGUAGCUCUCACUAACGUGCAAGGCCUCAAGGCCCAGUGGCAAGAUGCUGCAGGCAGGAGCGUGUGCGAGGAGAAAGCAGAGCAGGGCAGGUACUUCGCUGCAGCCCUUGCCAGCACCCACGUGUAUGAGCACACAGCAGGGAAUGCCACCCUCAUGCUGGGAAUGGAUCAGGACAAGCUGGAGGAGCUGCUCUGGUUCUUCCGCAGAGAAGAUGCAUCAACAUGGAAUUACUCGGUCCUCACGCUUUCCUUUGUGGCCAUGAUUUUGGGUCUUUUUCUCCUGGCCCUUAACAUUAUGCGAAACAGGAAAAGGAAGAUCCAGAUGUAUAAAGAAGCAGUGCAAAACACCCAGCAGGCUGAGCUGGAAGCCAAGCAAGCCCUGAUGCCUAUGCAGGGAUACAGCCCCCCAGAGCCCCAGAAGCAGGAGCCCCAGGAUCAGCGAUCAGGAGAUGUGACAGUCCAGUGGAAGGACGGGACCGUCACAUCUCUGUACAGAGAGAGAUCUGAGGAUGCUUUGUAGCUGAGGUCAAACCAUUUCAGCCCUAAGGAAUGUGUCAGAAUGUCUCAGUUCAUGGUGAUGGAAGUUUUAAAAUGCAGUUUAGCCUGGGGAAACAGAGAGAAAAAAAAGAAGCAAGCAGCAGAGCUGCACCCGCAGAAGUGGCUCUGGGUUUGAGGCACAGCCGUGCUUCCCGUGUCAGCUCCCAGCUGGACAGUUGGCUGCCUCCAGCUCCUCUCCUGCACCAGCUGCACCUUCUCCCUCAGGUGCCACCUGCCUCUGCAAAUGGGUGGGAGCUGAGCAGGGUGGGAAGCGGGAGCUGUUCCUGCGGUCAGCCAGGGAACACCAUCCGGAAACAGCCACACUGAGGCUGAGGCACUUGGGUUCUUUCCAGAAAUCGUCUUUAUUAAAAUACUUUCCAAAGUG